AUGGCAUCAUUAUCCACCAAAGUUGUGGUCAUCGGCGGAGGAAUCAGUGGUUUGUCUGCUGCUCGGGUUCUUCAGGACGCUGGUGUGGAUGUUGUUGUUCUCGAGGCCCAGGACAGAGUCGGUGGUCGAACUCACACCAUUCAGGAUGCAUCGCAUGGUUCAGUCGAUCUUGGUGGGGCCUAUUUCGGUUCCGGACAGAAUCGCGUGUUUCGACUGGCCAAAGAGCUGGGGCUGGAAUUCUACAAUGUUAACGAGAAAGAGAAGACGGUGCUUAGUUUACAGGGCUCAUGGAGUUCCUACUCCGGGUCUGUUCCGCCACUGGGAAACCCUAUAGCUCUUCUGGACCUAAACAAUGUGAUGCGCACAUUGGACAAAAUGGCAUUGCAGGUUCCUAUAGAUUCACCGUGGAAAGCGAAGCAGGCCUUACAGUGGGAUUCCAUGAGCGUCAAGGAAUUUGUUCAUUCAAUAGCAUGGACAAGAGAGACAGUGGAGUUGAUUCAAGUAUAUGUGAGAGAUAUAUUUGCAGCAGAAAUGCACGAAGUUUCUUUAUUGUGUUUUUUGUGGACUAUCCAUUCUGGUCAUGGCAUCACUCGACUAACCACAAUUACUGAUGGAGCUCAGGAGAAGAAAAUGUUUGGUGGAAGUCAGCAGAUGUCUGAGGGAAUGGCGCGUCUCCUUGGUGACGCUGUGCAUCUGAACAGUGCCGUUGUGAACGUCACCGAGACAGACACUGGUGUUGUCGUCUCAGACUCUAAUAACACAAACUACGAGUGUGACUUCGUGGUGAGUGCUGUCCCGUUGGCUCUUCUCAACAGAAUAAGCUUCAAACCUCCAAUACCAGGCCUCAAACUACAACUAAUUCAAAGAAUACCUAUGGGAUCAGUAAUCAAGGCUAACAUAUAUUACGAAACAGCAUUUUGGAAAGAUCUAGGUUUCUGUGGCAGUGUUAUAUCUGACAACGGGCCUGUGGGUUACUGCGUGGACGACACGAAACCGGACGGGUCACACCCAUCACUGAUGACUUUCAUACUGGCAGACAAGAGUAGAGACAUGGCGAGCCUCACACCUGAACAACGAAAACAAGCAUUGUGUCAACACUUUACUACACUUUUCAAGAGUGAGAAGUUUCUAGAGCCUAUUGGUUACAUUGAGAAGAACUGGAUGAAUGACGAAUUUUCCGGUGGAUGUUAUGUCAGUAAUUUCCCACCUGGAGUCUUGACCAAAUAUGGCAGAGAGCUUCGUAAACCCGCUGGUCGGACACACUUCGCGGGAACCGAGACUGCUUCAGAGUGGAUGGGGUACAUGGAAGGAGCCAUUCAAGCUGGGGAGAGAGCGGCAAGAGAAGUGUUGUACAGACUUGGUCUGAUCGAAGAGACGGAGAUUUGGCGGAGUGAACCAGACUGUGAUGACUAUCCAAUGGUGAACAGCUGGAUAGAAAACAGCCUGCCAUCCGUAACCACGUUCUUCACCACUCUGGGCUUCGUGGCAGCUUCGGCAGCAGUGGGACUUCUUGUAUACCAACAUUUUUAAUGAGGAACCAACACUUUUAAUAAGGAAACAAUAUUUUUAAUGAGGAAGCAAUGGAGGUAUUCAGGACGUUUUGUAUAUCAAAUUUUUUUUAAUGAGAAAACAAUGGAGGUGUUCAGACUUCUUGUAUACGAACAUUUUUAAUGAGGAAACAAUGGAGGUGUUCUAAACCCACUGGUGUGGAGGCUACCAGGCUAAGAUGGUUCGACAAAAAAUAUUCCAAGAAUGCAUACGACAUGUCAUUCCACCAUCGGCUUACAUUUUAGUCCCAUACUGGUCGGUCCAACCGGAUUUUAGGUAUUGUCUCCGUCCUCCUGUCCGUCUGUCCCACAUAAGUUUUUUUUAACUCUUGUUGGCACUGCCUCAAGAUAUUGCGAUGAAAUUUUGUAUGUAGUUUUAUGAUGUAGAGUUACAGAUCACGUUUGACUUUCAUGGGGAUUUACCCAUUUUUGACAGAGUUAAGAUCUGGGGUCUAAUUCACAAAGGUCUCUUAGGCUCUGUUAGACAACAACGCAUCCUCUUUUCAAGUAUUUUUGCAUUGCAAUGCGAGAUCGCAAAGUUGCGAGAGUUUAGUGAAUUAGGCCCCAGAUAAAAUUUGACUUUCAUAGGAAUUUAUUCAAGGGCAGUAACUCUGUCAAACGUGGAAUGUAUCUGACAUAGUUAUGGCCCUUGAUCAAUCGGAGAUAUGGACAUGCUUGUUUUUAAUACGAUAGAUGACGACACCAUCUGCACAUCGAAUGAAGACCGUCUGCAAUUUUUUCAACACUCUACAGCAAUUUUAAAUGAUAAAAUGCCCGCAGGAACCAUAUAAAGGAAGGAAAUGAUUUAUUUAACGACGCACUCAACACAUUUUAUGUAUGGUUAUAUGGC